GAUCGGCGCCGGCGCUCUCCGUGCCGAUCGAGUUUGAUGUUAUAGACGCUCUAUACGUUUCGCCUAGUUAAAUUUUGACGUAACACAAAACCAGUGUCACACGAUAGAUAGUAAAUGAUGCCAAAGGUGUCAUCUUUUUAUUGUAUUCUGUUUUCGGCAUUAAGAACCUUGACUUAGUUUUAGUUUACACGAUGCCGCCAAAAAUUUGUCUGUAUGGUACUGGUGUAGUUUCUGUAUUGUUAUUAAUUGUCUCCAUCGCAUUGGUGUUGUUUCACGUAUUUCCAAACUUCCUGCACUCAACGAUGAAAAAGGAGAUUGUGCUAAAAAAUGGCACGGAUGUAUUUGAAGCCUGGGUGAAUCCAUCGCCCCCGGUCUACAUGCAAUUUUACUUCUUCAACGUGUCCAACCCAUCGGAGGUGUUGAAAGGAGAGAAUCCGUCAGUGACUGAGGUUGGGCCUUACACCUACAGAGAAAUUCGUCCCAUGGAGCAAGUCACUUUUCUAGAUAAUGGUAAUGAAAUAUCUGCAGUCAAUCCCAAAACCUACAUCUUUGAGCCCAACAUGUCCAGAGGACUUGAAGAUGACCUCAUCAGGACCGUGAACAUCCCUGCAGUGACUGUAAUGGAGAAGUUUAAGGAUCAUUCCACCAUUAGCAAGCUUAUCUCUGCAUACAUGACAUCAAAAAACGAAGGACUCUUUGUGACUCGUAAGGUUGGGGAUCUGCUGUGGGGAUACACAGAUGAUGUUCUCAAUUUUCUGCAUACAUUUUCUCCAGAAGUAGAUCCCAAUUUUGGCCUUUUCUACAAGAUGAAUGGAACUGAUGAUGGCGAAUACAUAUUCUUCACUGGAAAACAAAAUUAUACAGACUUUACCAGAGUGGCUAAAUGGCGCAAUGAAAGCAAUCUGGAAUGGUGGAGUACAGAUCAAUGCAAUAUGAUAAAUGGAACCAAUGCGGCCUCCUUCCAUCCCAUAAUUUCCAAAGACGAGAUGCUCUACAUGUUCUCUUCGGACCUCUGCAGGUCGAUCUAUGCCCUGUUUGAGAAGGAGCUGUAUGUGAUGGACAUUCCCGCGUACAGGUUCACGAUUCCCAGAGAGGUGUUUGCCAACAUCACUGAAAACCCAGCCAACGCAGGAUUCUGUGUGCCGGCUGGAAACUGCCUGGGAUCUGGCCUGCUCAACGUCAGUGUUUGUAAGCAAGGGGCCCCAAUAAUCAUGUCGUCCCCUCAUUUCUAUCAAGCUGAUAAGAAAUAUGUCGAUGACAUAUUUGGGAUGAAUCCAGUUAAGGAGGACCAUGAGACCGUUAUCGAUGUCAACCCUCUCACAGGUUUUCUUCUGAGAGCAGCCAAGCGAAUACAAGUAAAUGUGUUUGUUCGUAAAUAUUCAGCUUUCAGCCAGACCGGUAAUGUCAAUGACUUAGUGUUUCCUGUGAUGUAUCUCAAUGAAAGCAUAAUUAUCGACGAAGGGUCGGCCAGAACCGUGAGGGAGGUGGUCACUAAGGGGGCGAUAGUUAUUAACAUCCCCUUCUUCAUAAUGGGACUAGCGAUAUUAAUUGGUGUCAUCUUCAUCAUACUUGUGUGCAAGCAGCGAGGACCUGAGUCAACUCCAGCAGAACAGGAGCCUCUGCUGAAGUCAUAAUUCCAGCAGCACAAAGAAUCAUGAGACGACAAAAGUCACAAAAUCAGCUGCUUGUAUCGAAUGUGUUACUUUAAAACUCUAAUCCUGCUUUUUCAUAACAAACAAUGGUUUUGUUGAAGAAAUCUGCUUUAUUCACCUUUUAGCAUGGUUUCAAGGAAUUUUUGCACUAAAGGGAGGCUAAUGUAAGCACUCUGAUGUUAAAGUAACAUCUGUUGUGUGCUUUGGGAACAUUUUUAGUAAAUGAUUUGAUUCCAUUUUUAUAUACUAAUUUAUAGAUGCAUGAUGGCAUUUCUGUAAUGCAAAGUCUGUAUCAUAUGCAUGGGAAGAUUUCUGUGUUUUAACAAAGACUACUCACAACUGCUAAAUUUCCUCUAACCUUCACAGUGAGAUUUUUGAAUAGUCAGUGAGAACUUCUAUUGUAAAUAUUGUAGCCCCGAGGCAACAUAGAGAUCUGGCUCCAUUGGUAGCUCCUCCCUCCUGUGUGUGUGUGCGUGUGUGCGUGUGUGUGUGUGUGUGUGUGUGUGUGUGUGUGUAUGGGACCAAAUUUCCCCACGGUGUGAUAAAAACCUGUUGGUUUGACCUUUUGGGGACAUUUUUUCAAUGUUUUGACUGAAAACUAAAAAUGCCAAGGUCUUGUAUUGUUUGGUUACUUAUGGUUAAGGUUAAGGCUGGGUAGGGGUGUCAUAGUUUGUAUUAGGGUUUUUCCUAUUGAGAUCAAUGACUGAUUCCCACAAAGGUGGUGUUUCUAUGUGGAGUUUGCAUAUUCUGCGUGCAUCUCCAUGGCUUUCCUCCACGUAGCCUGGUGCCCACCCCAGCCCAGUGCGCUGUGCUGCCUGGGAUAGAUUCCAGGUGACCCUGACCAGGAAAAGCAGUUGGAAGAUAGAUGUACUGUCCAAAGGCCAUCCAACUUCCUCCUGUUUGUUAUUAAAAAAAGCAUCACUUCCAUGAAUUAUAUGAAAAAUAAAUCUUGUCUUGUAUGACCAGAUAUGCUCCAUAGUCUUAAAUUGUAAAAUCGCUAGGUUUGAUUGUGCUAUUUUUAUUAUAGAAAAACUGAACUAAAAGAAAUAUGAAGAUGCCCAGUAUUGACUCUACAGCUUACUACUUACACAUAUAAUGCAUUAAUUUACACUGAAGUUCGAUGUUGUGAACUCAGAUCCAGGAAUGAAAAGCAUCUGAACUUUUGAACUGUGGAUUGUAUGGUAACUGAAAAUAAUAAUUUUCAUUUAAGGUGUACUUUGAACCGGUGUGUCAAUGAUGAGUUAUAUUUGUGCAUUAAUUGUGGUAAUUUCCCUUUCCAAGUCAUUGGAGUUUGACUCGACAAACCAUCAUUUAUUGCAUUUAAAAUCUGUGUAUUGAUUCAUUAUGCAAAAUAUCUUCAGCAACAAUAAUACUCAUUGAAAAAAAACACUGAAAUAUUAACAGUACUUACAUUGUUAGCGUACAGUUGCCAAAACUAUGUACAAAUAAAUAAAAACUUUGUCUCUGUAUUUA